UUCUUCUUUUAUAUGAAGGCAACUGGAAGAAAAUCAAAAUGGCAAGAGCAAGAAUUCCCAUGUUCUUGAUGGGGCUCCUGCUUUGGUGUUGCCGCUUGACAGCCUCUGAAAAAGCUGAAUAUAUGAAAUACAAAUAUCCAAAACAGCCACUGCCUGUUCGAAUUCAGGACCUGUUGAACAGAAUGACAUUGGAGGAAAAGAUAGGACAAAUGGUCCAAAUUGACCGUAGCGUUGCUUCAGCUGAGGUGAUGAAGAAGCAUUUCAUUGGAAGCUUAUUGAGUGGAGGAGGGAGUGUCCCAGCUCCACAAGCUUCUGCAAAGACUUGGAUCGACAUGGUCAAUGACUUUCAAAAAGGUUGUUUAUCUACCCGACUAGGAAUUCCAAUGAUUUAUGGGAUUGAUGCUGUUCAUGGCCACAACACUGUUUACAAGGCAACAAUUUUUCCUCACAACAUUUGUCUAGGUGCUACCAGGGACCCUGAACUGGUUAAGAAAAUUGGGGCUGCAACAGCACUUGAAGUCAGAGCAACUGGCAUUUCCUAUGUUUUUGCACCUUGUAUAGCGGUUUGCAGAGAUCCAAGAUGGGGUCGUUGUUAUGAAAGUUACAGCGAAGAUCCCCUGAUUGUUGAAGCAAUGACAGAGAUUAUACCAGGAUUGCAAGGAGACAUCCCUGCUACCUCUCCCAUGGGCAUUCCAUUUGUCGCUGGAAAGAAAAAUGUUGCAGCUUGUGCUAAGCACUAUGUAGGUGAUGGUGGAACAACCGAUGGCAUAAAUGAGGACAACACAGUGAUAGACAGGAAUGGUUUGCUUAGCAUUCAUAUGCGAGGCUACUAUACUUCAAUUAUUAAAGGUGUUUCAACCAUCAUGGUCUCCUAUUCAAGCUGGAAUGGGAUUAAAAUGCAUACUAAUCGUGAUUUAAUCACCAGUUUUCUCAAGAACAAACUUCGUUUUAAGGGCUUUGUCAUCUCGGAUUGGGAAGGUCUCGACAGGAUCACUUCUCCACCUCAUGCCAACUAUUCGUAUUCAAUUAAAGCUGCAAUCCGGGCAGGCAUUGACAUGGUCAUGGUUCCAUGCAACUAUAAUGAAUUCAUAGACGUGCUAACCUUCCAGGUGAAAAAUAACAUCAUCUCCAUGAACCGCAUUAAUCAUGCAGUGAAGAGAAUUUUGCGAGUUAAGUUUGUAAUGGGUCUAUUUGAGAAUCCACUUGCAGAUGACAGCUUGGUCGACCAACUUGGAAGUCAGGAGCAUAGAGAGCUGGCUAGAGAAGCAGUGAGAAGAUCACUUGUUUUGCUCAAGAAUGGACAAUCUCCUGAUCAUCCAUUGCUUCCCCUGCCUAAAAGGACACCAAAAAUACUAGUUGCUGGUAGUCACGCAGACAAUUUGGGUUAUCAAUGUGGUGGAUGGACAAUAGAGUGGCAGGGGUUGAGUGGCAACAACCUUACAAUUGGUACAACAAUCCUAACUGCCAUCAAGAACACAGUCGAUUCAAGCACUAAUGUCGUUUACAAGGAGAAUCCUGGCACUGUAUUUGUCAAGUCCAACGAUUUCUCCUACGCCAUUGUUGUAGUAGGGGAGCAUCCAUAUGCGGAAACAGAUGGUGAUAGCAUGAAUUUGACAAUUCCAGACCCUGGUCCGAGCACAAUCACAAAUGUCUGUGGAGCUGUGAAAUGUGUUGUUAUCAUAAUAUCUGGUCGCCCUGUUGUGAUCCAACCAUAUGUUGACUCUAUCGAUGCUCUUGUUGCCGCUUGGUUGCCAGGAACUGAGGGUCAAGGUGUUGCUGAUGUUCUGUUUGGUGACUAUGGUUUUACAGGCAAGCUUCCUCGCACUUGGUUCAGGACUGUUGAUCAACUGCCGAUGAAUGUUGGAGAUUCACACUAUGAUCCCCUCUUCCCAUUUGGAUUUGGCCUCACUACUGAACCUACUAAAAGCUACGAGGAAACCAUUCCUCAGGUUUUCUAAUUUUUUGAAGUCAUUUUCAUCAUCAUUUACAUUUGUUAGAACUGAUUUAGCAAAUUGUAAUCUAAUCCUCAUCCUUAUUUAUGAAAAGAUAUUACAGAAUCAAAAAAUUACAAUAAAAGGAUUAAAGUUUUCUUUGUUAUCAAUGACAAAUUUAAUCAUAAAAAAUCUUAUAUAUGUGAGCAAGUGUUUGCUUAUCUUCCCCAAUUGUUUAUCGCUGUUGUUUUCUUGUUCUUUCCCAUGUUUUAAUGCAAACUAAAAAUGCAAGAAAAAAAAAUUCCAUGAACAUCACACGCUUUCCUCCUUUUCCAAGCCGCCUUUUUGGGAAAUUUUCAGGAUUGAGCAUUACAUUUUGCCUCCUAUCUUUCUUCUUUCGAGUGAUCUUAAGAUUGCAAUAAUGGAAUUAUUAAUCAACUUCAUUUGAUAAGCUGAGGCUCUAAGAGAUAUAAAUCUCCGACAUGGUGUAUGUAAUUGCUAUUGCUCAUCGUUGAACUAAAAAGGGAAUACAAACCUCGUUGCUGUUUUGUCUCCAACAGGAGCUUGUUGUCAACCAUGCUAAGAACUUGUAUAAUAAUUGUAAAAUAUACAACAAACAACAACAAAUUAAACCUUAUAUCGCACAAACAAUUGUAAAAUAUGCCAACUUAAAAACUCAAAACAAUUAAAUA